AGACUCCUCUCUUCCUCUGCAGCCGCCGCCGCCGUGUCUACCCUCCACCCUCGAGCUUCCAUCCCCGCGAGAGCAAAGCCGCUCCCCUUGCUCCGUCGAAGAAGGGAGAGGAGCAGAUGAAGGCGGGAAGGAAGAACCUGCGGCGGGCGUGCGACGAGGGAGCCGCCGUCACGCUCGCCGAGGGCGAGAGCAUCAUGCAGGUCCUCACGCUGCGGGGCUCCAACGUCAUCGAGGUGAUGGACGGCGAGGGCGUCAAAUCCCUGGCCUUGUUCCCGGCCAAGUUCCAGAGGAGCUUCUGGAUCAAGAGCGGGAGUUUCGUGGUUGUCGAUGCUAGUGGGAGGGAUCAGGCUCUGGAAUCAGGGAGCAAGAUUGCGUGCGUUGUCUCGCAAGUCCUCUUCCACGAACAAGUUCGGGCUCUGCAGAAGUCUGGUAACUGGCCAGCUAUUUUCAAGUCAACUGCAAAUGAAGGUUCACAGGCGGGAACACAAGUACAAACUACCCAGGUUGAUGAGGAACAAGAUUCUGAUGAAGAUGAUGAUCUGCCACCGCUAGAAGCAAACACGAACAGGAAUAGACUAUAUGAACUGUAUUCUGAUUCAGACAGUGGUUCUGAUUCCUAAACAAGUUUAGAUAGUAGCAUGCCAUUGAUGUUGUGAUGUCCAGUGUUAGUUUCCAAAACAACUCAGGUUCGGAUGACAUCCACUUGCACCAAAUGCUCAUAUUCUGCUGGCAUUCGUUUUCCUAUAAAAAAAUUGCCUGCUCUGUCAAGAUAUUUGUGAUGUGAGUGGAUGAACUGGGCCUUGAGCUAUACAUUGAGUGUAUGUGAGAAUGUUCAAAUUCUGCGAUGGCAUUUUCAUUGUCAGGUUGUCA